AUGGAGGCUCAGAGCCUGUCGACCUGCAAUCAAUGCGGAAAGAAAUUCCAAAGGAAAGCCCAUCUGUUGCGACAUCAGCAGCAACAUUCCGGCGAUAGGCCGUAUAGUUGUAAAUUCUGCUCCAAGACUUUCAAGCGCAGCGAUGUUCUUCGAGACCACUUCAGUCGAUGUGAGAAAAGAGGCUCGUCGGCAAUUCCAAGUUCGCUGGAGAGAGGCAGAAAACGUCAUGCGUGUGACGAAUGUUCGAGGUUGAAAGUUAAGUGCGACAACAACGUACCGUGCGGGAAAUGCACAGAGUUUGGUAGGAAAUGUGUCAAGACUCGAUCGAGAUUGACCUUUGCGAUCACAGCAGUUGCGUCAAGUCCAGAGGGCACCCCGAAUCCGUCGACCCCAGACACUGGCUCAGACAGGAACUCGAUUGGAUUUCUACUCAAUUGUCCUAGUGAGUCGGACUUCAUCCAGGAAUUUCCUAAGUCGACUACUUUAAGUCCGAAUAGUAGACCAGAUGGCUUCUCAAGUCUGGAUCCUCCAGUACGAAACUUUCACCAAAUUGGAGAAGCAGGUAAUGCAUCGGUGUACCAAGAGUACGGACAUAUGAUUCAAGAGAACAAUAUAGACGUCCUUCUUAGCCAUCUGGAAUUCUCAAAUUUUGAACAGCAAACAAACAAUUGGCAGAUGCCGGGUGAAAAUAUGAUACUAUGGUCCGGACCUGAUGCUUUAUUCCUCGACCGCGGAGUCCUUGAGCAGAGAGCCUUUGAUAUAAGGUCGAAAUUGAAAUUUGCAUCAGAUAUCAUGAAUCCGCCGCACACACCACCUCCCGAAGUACUACAGGCGCUGGAGUUAAUUACUGCGGACAGUAUUGCGGCAUGGAUCAAGUUAUACUUCAGGCAUUGGCAUAAACAUGCGCCUAUGGUUCAUGAAGCCACGUUCAACCCUUGUCACGCUGCAGUUCCUCUGGUUCUUUCAUUGAUGAGUCUUGGGGCUAUGUACUCUAAAGAGACGGAACAUGUCGCAAAGCUUAAGAUGCUCUUGGACACCAUGGAAUGGUAUAUAUUUUCUCUUCCGGGCCUUAAUGAUGAAUACGAACUACCAGGCCGAACAUACGUUAAGCAAGGGGAUAAUGCUUCCCAAGAAUGGCUGCAAUAUCAAUUGGAAGAGCUGCAAGGCGCAUAUCUUAUGAUUGUAUUGCAGUAUUGGACUGGAAACGCUGUAGCCAGGACGAGAGUCCGUCAGCAGAGAUUUCCGCGAGUUGAUGCCAUAUUUCACCACCUCGAAGUGCUAACGAUGCAGCAUUCGCCUGACUUCGAGAUCAAAGAUCAAUCGUCGUUUACAAAAUGGAUACGGAAAGAAUCAUACAUUCGAACGGCAACCUUAGCAAUAAUGCUCGAUCAUGCAUUUGGCAUAUUCAACAACGUUCCUCCUCGCUUCCAAUGGGCCGAGAUUGACCUCCCGUUCCCAUCCGACGAUCAUUUCUUCAAGACGACCAAUUUCGAAGAUAUGGUCGCGAAGUCGAUCCAGCCAAAACGAAGCAUGAAGAUCAAAGACGCCUUUCUCAAUCUAUUUACUCCGCCAAUGUCCAUGGAACAAGACCUUAGUUCUUUGAGGCAGAGAGCACUAACUGCUCUUGACAUGCAAAUGCUCAUACAUUUCCUCUACACCCACGUCUGGACCUCCACAUUCUCGAACCCAAUGGCCUGUCUACCCAGCACCGACAUCCACCACCUCACCGCACCCUUCAAGACCGCGCUGCACAACUGGAAGCUCAUCUGGGACGAAAUCAAAUCUUCGUCCUUAGAAACAGAAUGGAACAAGCUCGGCUUCCAACGAACAGCCGAAGCGUACUUUGACGCCGUGAACUCGAUCCUCGCCGUGUUUGAGAAGAGAGAGGGCAAGUUCCCGCCGAUACCGAGUGAUUGUGAGAAGGGGAGUCAUUUGAAGAGGGUGUUGAGUUUUUAG